UCAACUUUCAACCCUUUUUCCACUCUGUCCUUUCUUUCUUUCCUUCCUUUUUCUUUCUCUCCAUUUUCUAUUUUUACAUUUCACCGGAGAGAAAUGGACGUUCACCGGAGAACAGUCAACGCCGUCGUCUCCGAAAAAUAUUCAAAAACAAAGAACCAAAAGCUUGAUUCACAGUCACAAUCUUCACUCUACUUAACAAACGCAAUUUUCUUCGGUCUUUUCUUCUCCGUCGCGUAUUUUCUUCUUCACAGGUGGCGUGAGAAGAUCCGAACCUCCACACCUCUUCAUGUUCUCACAAUCUCUGAGAUUGCCGGUGUUGUUUCCCUCAUAGCUUCCUUUAUUUACCUUAUGGCUUUCUUCGGCAUUGGCUUCAUUCUUCAUCCUUUCGCCGCUUCUCGCGCUGUUCAAUACGACGAAGAAGAUGAAUCCGACAUUGCGAAAAACUCCGGUUCAUGCCUCGCCGGAGUCGCACAGAAGCUACCUCCGAGAAUCCCCGUUGAAAAAGUUGUUCCGGCGAAUUUGCCGGCACCGGUGCUACUUUCCAUGGAAGAUGACGAGGUUGUCCGUGCGGUGGUAACCGGUACAAUUCCGUCAUACUCGCUUGAAUCAAAACUCGGAGAUUGCAAACGUGCGGCGGCGAUACGUAACCAAGCGGUGGAGAGAGUUACCGGAAAGUCACUCUCGGGUUUACCAAUGGAAGGUUUUGAUUAUGAUUCGAUAUUAGGACAGUGUUGUGAGAUGCCGAUAGGAUUUGUUCAGAUUCCGGUGGGAGUUGCCGGACCUUUGUUGCUUGAUGGGAAAGAGUACACGGUGCCGAUGGCAACGACGGAAGGUUGUUUGGUUGCAAGUACUAAUAGAGGUUGUAAAGCUAUUUAUGUUUCCGGUGGUGCUUCCGCGGUUGUCCUCCGUGAUGGCAUGACCAGAGCCCCCGUCGUAAGAUUCAACUCCGCUAAAAGAGCUUCUCAGUUAAAGUUUUUUUUAGAAGAUCCUCAAAAUUUUGAUUCCCUCUCUCACACUUUCAACAAGUCAAGUAGAUUUGCGAGAUUACAGAAUAUUAAAGCAACAAUGGCAGGAAAGAAUUUAUACAUUAGAUUUACAUGUUCAACCGGUGAUGCAAUGGGAAUGAACAUGGUAUCAAAAGGUGUACAAAACGUACUUGAUUUUCUUCAAAGCGAUUUUCCUGAUAUGGAUGUUAUUGGUAUAUCAGGAAAUUUUUGUUCGGAUAAGAAAGCCGCGGCGGUGAAUUGGAUUGAAGGGAGAGGGAAAUCAGUGGUGUGUGAGGCUGUAAUUAAGGAAGAGGUGGUGAAGAAAGUGUUGAAGAUUAGUGUGGAGUCUUUGGUUGAGCUUAACAUGUUAAAAAAUCUUACUGGUUCAGCCAUGGCUGGUGCUCUUGGUGGAUUCAAUGCACAUGCUAGUAAUAUUGUUUCUGCUAUUUACUUGGCUACAGGUCAAGAUCCUGCUCAGAAUGUUGAGAGUUCUCAAUGUAUGACCAUGAUGGAAGCUGUGAAUGAUGGCAAAGACCUUCACAUCUCUGUUACUAUGCCUUCCAUUGAGGUGGGUACAGUUGGAGGAGGCACACAGCUUGCAUCACAAUCAGCUUGUUUGAAUUUACUUGGUGUUAAGGGUGCUAGUAAAGAAACUCCAGGAGCAAAUUCUAGGCAAUUGGCAACUAUUGUAGCCGGUUCAGUUCUUGCAGGAGAACUCUCACUUAUGUCUGCAAUUGCAGCUGGGCAGCUUGUAAAGAGCCACAUGAAAUACAAUAGAUCUAGUAAAGAUGUCACCAAAGUUACUUCAUGAGCUGACAAAACCACAAUUGUGAGAUAAAUAAUAACCUUGCAUGUAUCAUCAAGAACAAGAAUAAAAGAAAGAGAAAUUUCAUUAGGAGUAUUAAUUAUUUUAGAAAGGGAAAUAAUUGGUGGACACAAAGCCGCCUGCAAACUAGAUUUCAUUAAUGUAUGGUCCAUGUGAGGGGAUCAUAUCUUUCUGAAGUUGUACAGAAGGAAUUAAACAAGACUUAGUUUGGUUCCCUUUUUUCUUUUAAAAAGGAUAUGGUACUCUUUUACUCUA